UCAAAACAAGUUUCUACUUGCCACCCGUUCUUGUCCCAAGUAUUAUAUAUAGAGACACAUGCGCACACAGCAGUAGAGAAGGAUAUAUAAUUAGGCAGAGAAGGCAAACAACAUUCAGCAACAAUAACAUGACAACAAUGGCCAAGUCUUCCUAUGUUCUUCUGAUCACCUUUUCCUUCUCCAUCACAGCUCUCAUCAUCUCAGCCUCCACCACCACCUUUGCGGACAAGGCAAGCGUUGAUAACCGCUUAAGCUGGGUGCCGGAGCACAGCUGCCAAGGUUCCAUCGCCGAGUGCAUGGCUGCAGACUAUGAACACGACAUGGAUACAGAGAUCAACAGGCGUAUCUUGGCCACCACCCAGACCAUAAGCUAUGGAGCUCUGCAAAGGGACACUGUACCAUGCUCUCAAAGGGGUGCAUCCUACUACAACUGCCAGUCAGGUGCGGAGGCUAACCCCUACAGUCGUGGUUGCAGUGCCAUCACCCGUUGCCGCAGCUAAAAGUAGCGCUAUUUUAUCUUGUUUUUCAUUUCUAGAAAUGUUGUUCAUCUCAUAAAUGUGUAACGUGAGUGAACUAAUUAAGAAGUAUUGGGAUUUAGUUGUAGGAUCCGGUGAUCUCUCUUGUGUUUGGUGCUGUCUUAUUUUAUUUUGCUUUUUUUUUUUCU